AUGGUCGCCGCAGCUCCGACGCCUCGGUUCACCUUCACCGAGCGAGCUGAGGCAGGCAACCUGUCCGACUCGGAGAUACUCAACUCGGCCAAUCCUGCCGGCGCUGAGAUCCCUAGCGAGUCCGACGUGGUCGUUGCCGGCGGUGGAAUCCACGGCUUGAUCUAUGCCAUCCACGCUGCCAGGCACGACCCUGGCAAUGUCAAGAUCUCCGUGGUCGAGAAGGCCAGCAAGCCCAGCUACAAGAUUGGAGAGAGCACACUGCCGCUUUUCGCCAUGUGGUGCAAGAUGAAUGGCCUGACGGCCGAGCACCUCCUGCGCAUCUUUGGCGUCAAGGAUGGCCUCUGCUUCUACUUCCUGGACCGCAACGACCCGGCAAGGUGCACCGACUUCCUGAUCAACGGCACACCGGGUCUUUAUCUCAGCGGAUACCAGCUCGAACGCCCCAUCAGCGAGCUGCUCUUCACACUGAUGGCCCAGCGGAGCGGCGUCAACGUCUACCACGGCAAGACUGUAGACUUUGGCGGCUCCAAGGUCCAAGGCGGCCUUGGGAACAACACAAUCAAAGUAGGCCAGUCCAAGGGGCUCGGCGACAAGAUCGUGGACGUAAACAGCUCGCUCCUGAUUGAUGCAACUGGGCGCUUCCGUCAAUAUGCUUCAAAAAAGGCUUCUCUUCACCGCUUCGAGGGCUUCAACACGGACGCGUUCUGGGGAUACUUUACCUAUCCUGAAGAUGAGAGCAAGAUUCGGUUCCGUCUCUACGAGGGCUGCCACACAAAUCACCUCUGCUUCCCGGAAGGCUGGUUCUGGGUCAUCCGCAUCCUCUCGUGGCAGGGUAACCCGACGGCCAAGCUCAUGGACAUGCUGACGUAUCUGCUCGACUGUGCGGAUGCCGGCGUGCCAGGCGACCAGAUCCCGAGCACAGACGAACUGGCCAAGAUGUUUGGGCUCAAGUAUCGCUGGGUCACGAGCAUCGGCGUCGCGGCGCGCAACGACGUCAGGUACCCCGAGGACCUGUCGUCGUACGGCUCCACGGAGGCGGAGCAGAAGUUUUAUUACUUUGUGCGCAAGUAUCCGCUCAUCGACGAGUUCAUGAGCAACUUCACGCUCGUCGAGGACCUGUACGGGCCCAAGACGACGUGGUUCGUCCGCAAGACGCUCACGUACCAAUCCCCCGUGGUGUCGGGCGAGGGCUGGCUCGCCAUAGGCGACGCGUGCGGCUUCACGAACCCGCUGCUGUCGCCGGGCAUCAACGCCAACAUGUCGACGUCGACGUACGCGGCGGAGCUCACGCACGCGGCGCUGAACGCGGCGCGCCGGGCCACGGACCCCGCGGCGGCCGAGCAGUCGAUCCGGCAGACGUUGGCGCCGUACGACGGCUUCGCCAGGGAGCUGAUCCCGGCGCUGGACAAGAUGAACCGCUUCCAGUACGUCUGCUUCCGCGACCCGCGCCUCGGCCCGCAGGUGUCGUGCAUCUGGCAGAACCUGGCCAGCGUCCUGGCCGGCUACGGGUCGAUGCAGGGCAGGUUCGCCCUGACGCGCGACACGUUCCUGCGCUACGCCACCAACUGGAGGUGGGGAUCCAAGGUGCCCGAGUGGGAAAAGGUGGCCGACGAGACCCUCCGGCUUCUCGGCCCCGUGCCGCUCGAGGACGACGUGCCCGACGCCACCGUGCGGGAGGUCAUUGAUUUUUGCAACGGCGUCAAGGACUCGGUCGUCGCCUCGCGCGAGCUCAACGUCCGCUGGUCCGGCAUGUUUCGCUGCUACGACCAGCAACUGCAGUAUCGCGAGGACAAGGUGGAGAACGACGGCUUCAUGGCCCAGUGCUCCCGCUGUUCUUCUUGGCUCGUUCGGCGUCCGGACUGGAGGAGGUGUUUCUCGUGCGGCAAGGAGCGGACCGAGCAGGAAUCCAUCGUUUUGUGGAACCCUCCAAUGGCGGCUUAG